GUUAGAAAAAAUAAUCUAUCCUCUGAGCGAAGAAGCUACAAAAAUCAGUGCAGCACUGAUAACACGCCUAAUCCAUUUAGUUACUUUAGUUGAAAACAUCUGAGGAUUGACAGUAGCUAGAGAGAAGUGUCAUUUGGAAUUAAUACUUUUUUUGUGCAAAUUGUCCUGCAUAGUUCACAUAUGCCGAAAGGGAGGACGUGUAAACUAAUUUUUUUAUGUAGAUCUUAUCUCUGUCCCCAACUAGUAUUUGUCAUGUCUAACCACUCCCGCUGUCACAUUAGAGAUUGUCAGGAUUCCAUGGAAUGUUUCAGAGUGAAAGCCCUGCAGCCAGUGUUUUGGCUUAUUUGAUUUUAAACUUUGUUUUUCCUCUUAUCUACAGUACUUCUGUUCUGUGUUGAUAGGCUACUUCUGUGCAAUACUAGUUGGUUUUCUGAGCUCUGUGAACUGUUCUUUAUCAAUGAAUAGGCUGUAAGGUUGAGUGCUCCAGUAUAUCAAGGCUGCAAUGAGACGCACGUCAUCAACCGCCUGAUUUUCCACACAUUUCCAUUUGACUAGACAACCAAAAUGGAGGAAUUAGGUACAGUCCCGGUAGACCUGAGUCCAGAGGAGCGCUCUGAGCUGGAGGACAUCCGUCGUAGGAAGGGAGCUCUGCUGCAGGAGAUCCAGAGGCUCAGAGACGAGCUCAGAGAGGCCAUCAUAGAGGUGGAAGGACUGGAGACCAGCACAGAGGGCAGUAAAACUCUACAGAAGAACAGGCAUGUGGCCAUGGGAAGGAAGAAGUUUAACAUGGACCCCAAAAAGGGUAUUGUGUUCCUGGUGGAGAAUGAGUUGCUCAGACACACUCAAGAGGAUGUUGCCCAGUUCCUGUACAAAGGAGAGGGACUCAACAAGACUGCGAUAGGAGACUACCUGGGAGAGAGGGAGGACUUUAAUCUCAAGGUUCUGCAGGCGUUUGUUGACCUUCACGAGUUCACUGAUCUCAACCUGGUCCAGGCUCUCAGGCAGUUCCUGUGGAGUUUCCGUCUGCCUGGCGAGGCUCAGAAGAUUGACAGGAUGAUGGAGGCCUUUGCCCAGAGAUACUGUCACUGCAACCCUGGGGUCUUCCAGAGCACUGAUACGUGCUAUGUGCUGUCGUUUGCUAUCAUCAUGCUGAACACCAGCCUCCACAACCCCAACGUGAGAGACAAGCCUGGAUUGGACCGCUUCAUCUCCAUGAACAGAGGCAUCAACGAGGGUGGAGACCUGCCAGAGGACCUGCUCAGAAAUCUUUAUGACAGCAUCAAGAACGAGCCCUUCAAGAUCCCUGAGGAUGAUGGGAACGACCUGACACACACCUUCUUCAACCCCGACAGAGAGGGCUGGCUCCUCAAACUAGGAGGAGGACGGGUGAAGACCUGGAAAAGAAGAUGGUUCAUUCUCACAGACAACUGCCUUUACUACUUUGAGUAUACUACAGAUAAGGAGCCCAGAGGUAUCAUUCCCCUAGAGAACCUGAGUAUCCGGGAGGUUGAAGACCCCAGGAAACCUAACUGCUUUGAGCUGUACAUCCCCAACAACCGUGGUCAGCUGAUCAAGGCCUGUAAGACGGAGGCAGACGGCAGAGUGGUGGAGGGGAACCACAACGUGUACCGCAUCUCUGCUCCCACACCUGAGGAGAAAGACGAAUGGAUCCACCACAUCAACUCUGCGGUCAGCGUGGACCCCUUCUAUGAGAUGCUGGCUGCCAGGAAGAAACGCAUAUCGUUAAAGAAGGAGGAACAACCGUAGAACAUUCCCUUCUUCCUCUCUCCUCUUCAUCUCUCAUUCCAACUUGGGACACAAGCCUUUCUCUCCUCCCUAGAUUAAUUUAAUUCCUCACUUUUUUUCCCCCUCUUUCUUUCUUUAUGAGGAGGACUUGUUGCUAUCCUGUUUAAGAGACUGGCCAGCACAAACCGGCAGUUCAGGAGUUCACCACUCAUCCGCUACUGUCUGCUGCUGCUAGCGGCUGCUCUGUACGCUACCACACUACAAAGUGUCCACUACUACCCUAUAUACUACAGUUAGUUCACUCACUCAAAGCCUCCUUCUCGUCACUACAUCUCUCCUUCCUUCUUUUCCGUGAAGUUGAAGUGAACUGUGAAAUAAAUAUGUAUUUUAUUCAGGGUAGCAAGCAGGACCACUGAACCGUCCAUCACAAACAGGCUGCAACUCAUCAGUCUGAAGUGACUUCCUCUCCAUCUGUAACUGAUCUAACAUUGGGGCAACGGUCCAGUUCUAACCGGUCACUGUGUGAAGGACAGAAUGCCCGGCGGCUGAGGAAGCCACUUUAACCUGUUAAGAUGCAGCCCUAGUGGUCUGCUGUGCUUUACUCUAACAUCUUGGCUCCAGGUUAGCAUGUCUAUAUCAGCAUUAUCAAAGUGCCACUUUAAUACUGUAGCCUCUGUGAAGGAGAUGACGCUGGUCCUUACUGCUUAGACCAUAAAAAUGUCAUUCUCAUGUUAAAUUUGUUAUGAUCAACGAUCUAUGGGAAAUGUUCCCAGAAGAACUGACCAAUAAGGCAACAAUUGAGCAGUGAACACUAAAAGACGACGACUCUUGUCAAUGACCACUGGCGUUUCCUUCACAAGACUGUUAAUAAACUCCCUCAUACAGACACGUAAACUGUUAACCCACUGUAGCGUAUUAUAGAAUUGGGUUUUUAAGAAGUUACAACGGCAGCUUAUUACAAUGUAUACUUCAUUUUUUUGUGAAUACUUGUUAGAAUAUUGUUUACAACAUACAUAGAUUUAAUUUAUUGUUUAUUUUUGUUUGUUACAUCUUUUGUUUUGUAAGAGCUACUGUAGAACUGCAUGUGGAGAUGAGGGUUAAUCCUUCAUACACACAGAUGGACCAGACUCGUGUUAGUGUUGGGUGCAUUUGAGAAAGAGUGUUAGUGUUCCCUGUUGACACAAUAGAAUCAACCUCCAAUUGGAACAUUUAGAUUAUUCAGGACAGGAGAGUGAUGACAUCACAGAACAUUUAGGAUAGAAAUGUCUAAUAUAGAACAGGCAUGGUUCUAUGUGGUAUGGAACAGGGAAUCCUGUCAGUUCUAUACAUUCUAUUUCUAUCGGUACUGUUGAUAAUGUUGCACCGUCCUGAAGGAACCUCUAUUACCCUCUAAGAGCCUGAAUGAAUGAGGCUCACUGAAGCACAAACGUGUCCCAGACGCCUGUAAUGGCUUUCUUUCCACCAUAACCAUCAUGGAUAUAUGAAAGGGCUGGAUAGGUGUCCUUCAUAAUACUGAUGCCCAUCCAAUCCUGUCAGAUCUGUGACUUAAAAGAAAAGCAAGCUAUGGGUGGUUAUUGGGACAUCACCCUAUGAUAAGUCUGAAACGACCUGUCUAAUAUGAGAACUGAAAUCUGAAAUGAUGGUUCUGAAGUUUAAUCAUCAGUCAAGCCAGGAAAAGGCAUCAGAUUCCUCUUAAUGUGAUUGAAUUGAAAAGGACAACAAACAUGGAGCACUAAUAUAUCUUUCAAUAUUAUGUAAUUGCUGAAAUAUUAAAAUGUAUUAAAUGAAUAACAAUGUUAAGGA